AUGAAUCCUGAUGGCGGUCCAAAACUACGAGAGUGGGCACAGGAAUUGGAACUCAGCGGCUUCCCCGACCCUCUCGAUUCCCUCGAUCUCCUCGGACCCCUCGAACCUCUCGAACCAGUCGGCCCCUGGGACGGUUUCCAACCAGCCUCUCCCGGUUCCCGACCGCCCUCUGUAGCAUCUUCCUAUGGCAGCAUCGCCAGCGGCGUAUCGCAUCCGCCGAGAGCAGGAAACAAACGGAAGAAGAUAGUCGAAAUCAAAUGGAGCGAUUUCGACGGCUUUGAUCAGGAUGGUGAUGAAUCCAAGGCUCGGAAGCGGGCGCGAAAGGAAGAGCCAGAUGCCAAAAAGUUUGCCUGUCCCUUCUACAAACGCUAUCCGCGAGAGUUCAAAGAAUCCCGAACAUGCGCAGGCGGCGGAUGGACAAGCGCUCACCGAGUCAAGUAA